AAAAGAUAAAAAUCCAACAACAAAUCUUGACUGCGAUCAGAUAUAAUCACCCCCUCAUCCUUCCGUUCAGACAAAACAGAAAUGGCACCCAACAUCCGUGAGCGCACUUACAUCAUGGUCAAGCCCGAUGGUGUUGACCGUGGUCUCGUCGGCGAGAUCACCGCCCGCUUCGAGAAGCGCGGGUUCAAGCUCGUCGCCGCCAAGCUCGUAUCUCCCCCCAAAACGCAUCUCGAGAAGCACUACGCUGACCUCAGCGGGAAGCCCUUCUUCCCUGGUAUGAUCGCAUACAUGCUCUCUGGACCUGUCUUUGCCAUGGUCUGGGAGGGCUUGGAUGCCGUGAAGACCGGCCGUGCCAUGUUGGGCGCUACUAACCCCCUUGAGUCUGGCCCCGGCACCAUCCGUGGCGACUACGCCCUUGCUGUUGGCCGUAACAUCUGCCAUGGCUCCGAUUCCGUCGAGAACGCCGAGAAAGAGAUCGCUCUCUGGUUCCCGGAGGGCACCCUUCAAUACUCGCGCUCCAAUGAGUCCAAGAUCUUCGAGAUCUAGACAUGUAGAAAAGGAGAAACAAUAAUCGCCAAUAUUGUUGUAAACUAGAUACCAUUCCGACUGCACGUGGAAAAUGGCCACCACGUUGGCAUUAGAGAAUCACCUUUCGCGCGAUUUUGAGAUCCAAACCAUCA